CAUGAAGCAUCGCAUCGUAAAAUUAAAAAGGGCAAAACAAAAAUCGGUUUCAUUUAAAAAAUCACAUUAAAUUGUUUAUCCAGUAUGGAUGAUUGUGUGGAAAUCGCUUCCUCGGAUGAGGAAAACACCCAGCAGCGGGUCGUCGUUGAGCACGUUGAGCGGGGAAGCCAGGAAUCGGAGCGAAUAGGGAUAUCGUCGGCAUCAUCUUCUCCACAUCCGCAAACACCUCAACCGGAACGGAACAACACUCCGGUUUCGGCCAACCUACGGAACCAGCACAUGAAGCAAACUCGAAGUCAAACCACUGCACCGAACCAACUGAAGCUGCUCGAAACGGAUCCCAAGUUUAUGGCCAACUUCAACCCGGCACUGUCCCGCCGGGAGAAACGUAAGAUGAACCGGAAGUCCACCCCGCUGGUGCAACCGAAAGCUACCGGAAUCUACAACGAGAAGGGAAUUCAUCGGGAAUCCGGCAGGGACAUGUGCGACUGUUUGGAUCUGUCCUGCCCGGGCUGUCACUUUGCAUGCCAAUGUUGUGGCAGUGCAAUGUGUGGUCCCCAUUGUCGGGUGACGCGCAAGUGGAUGUACGAAACCAUCGAACAUGACGCCAAGGAUCUCAUCAUAAGGAACAAGUUCAUGGCGAAAAAGUAGAGCUAAGAAUAAUUGUAUGUAUUUCAAAUUAAUAGAUUAAGUAAAAUAUAAUGACAUUUUCAAUAACAA